AGGUUCCUGCGUCUCAACAGGAUGGUAUAGUCUGCAGCGAGACAAGCAGAGGAUAGCUCGAACAGAGCCUUGGCCGAUCGCAGGCUCGAAAAGAGAUGGUGGUUGUUGAUGACCCUGCGGAGAGGGAAUGCAAUUUCGCGCGCACCAAACCACCAGCUGAACUUCAAACACAGCACGGGCCAAGGACUCGCUCGACACGAGCGAGAUACAACUGCCCAAAGCUCUGCUAUUGUGGGUAUUGCUUCCAGAAGACUGGUACUUGGGACCCUCUGCUUGAGCUUUAUACCUCAUCUGAGCUUUGCUGUGCUCUCGCAAAGUGCUUUCUGCAUUGUGCCAAGAGCUGUUCCCAUGUCCCUCGGGUGAAGAUAGCUGCAUCCUUGAUAAAUUCUAUGGAUGAAUCUGAGUCUGACCAUACAGUCGGCAAGUUAAGUGGCAGCUCAGAAGAUCGCGUGCAGAUGGCGCCACUCAAACCGCUUGAGCUUGCGCAUGAAAUCAUGAGCAGCGCCGAUGAUUUCGCCAAAAGAGUCGCUGCAUAUCGCAAACUUCAGGAUCUGCACAUCACUGAACUGGACUUGUACGACUUGGCUGGAUCUGGGUUACAGGAGUGGCUGGUGGAAGAUGUCCUGAGACCAGAUGCUCCAGAAUUGAUUUCCAUUCUUGCGCAGAAAGUGCUCAAGCCAAGUUGCACGUUGAAAACGAGUAGACUGCUUCUACGACACAUCCAAUGUGCGCCGACACAAAUACUGCCAUUAGUGGAAGUCGCUAUGCAAGAGACUUUGCCCUCCUUUUUCCUCUUUGACUCAUGGACGCACGAUCUCUCCCAGGCAGCAUUCCCGAUCGCGAAGUUCCCUCCACCGACAGCAAGCUAUUCACUAUUUUUUUGGAUCCGCCUGCACAAACUUGGCUCGGAAGCUCCAAUAACCAUUUUGAGUAUUCAGACUGCACAAGAGCCUUGUUUUGAAGUCGCUCUCACGUCUACAAGAUGUCUUGUUCAGAUAGGCAGCCAAACGGCCACAUUUUCUCACAACUUUGCUCAUGAUAUCUGGUACAGUUUUGCCUUUGUACAUGGACCUAGGCGUACAGAGAAUAUGGACCCUUUGCUAGUUAUGUACGUGGAUGCUCAUCGCCUGGAGAGUCACUCUGUCCCUUGGCCAUCUCGAGCCAUCCGCGGGCAGGCAGCCAGCGUCAUUCUGGGUAGCCCAUGUCCAUGUUCUAGUCAAUUUGCGUUGGGCAAAGUCCUGCUUGCCAGUCAAGCUUUCAACAGCGCUCUGAUUGACUUGUACCACAAGUUAGGCGCUCAAUACGACGGGCACAUGCAAGAUAUUCUCAGCACAUUUGUGACUUAUGAGGCAUCGACAGAAGUCAGUGUCCAAAUGGAACGCGAUGGUCCGACUCAUACGUUGAAGUCACGCAACAGCGAAAAUAUGCCGGCUGCCUCUAUCAUAUUGAGUGUGUCACCAAAGAGUGAUCUUGCAUGGACCGCAGCUCGUGAUUUGUCUGCGUCAAAUCGUUCUAAGAACAGCGCUUCAGGAGCAUCAUCUGACACGAGAGCUACGUUCACGAAUGUGCGUGUCCUCAGACCGCGCUCCUUAUGUGAUGACCUUUAUCAAACGGGUGGCGUGAGCACUCUAUUGUUUUUAGUCGGCAGAUCGACAACCCCGGACGAGACUUUAAUUGCGACCAGGUUGCUCCUUCGUUGCAUCACCCGGUCUUGGCGCAAUUCAGAGGCUGUCGAACGGAUGCAUGGCUAUGAACUCCUCGCCCAUAUUCUGAAGACCAAACCUGCCAGCCAUCUCACAUUAGACCUUCUCGCCGCGGUGCUUCAAUUCGUCGGAAUGGAUAAAGAGAUUAUCAUCAACCCGCUGGCUUACCGAUAUUUGGUCCUAGACAUGAGCAUCUGGUCUCAAGCAAAUGAGCAUGUUCAAAUUAGCCUCUUGAACCAAUUUCGCAUAUUCGUAUCUGCCAAAAGCCUUGGCUCCUUCAAUUGUCGCCGGUUGAACAGGAUGCAAGCGACAAAGAAAUUCUUGGUCUCAUUUCGACAUAAUCGGGCACCAUCAAAUGACCUCUUACCCUAUUACGCAGAUGCACUGAAAGUGCUCGCCGGCGCUACAUUUUCGACUGAGACUGUCCGGCACCUUGCGACUUUCAUCGUCCAUGCGUUUGAUGUGCCCAAGGCAGCUUCAAAGAAGCCUGUACCUGAAAUCGAACAUUCGACCCUCGGCUGCCUGCUUUUGACCAUGUUCAAGGAGCUUCUGUGCGAUCCUCUUCGCACGGAAAGACUGGAGAAAUUCGCAUCGACCGUCACCAUUCGAUGGGUUUUCCUGUUGAUGAACAAGGAUGCGACACACCGCGAAGCCUUUGACAUUCUGACAUUUUUGCUUGUCAACCAAGGAACGCAAUACGUCGCUCGUUUCUCACAAAAGAAUAAUGGCUUCGCCUUCUGCCGCGCUCUGCUCGGUCCACGUUACUCUCGUGUCAAAUGGACUAAUAUGCUGGCCAUUGCGUACGGCUCACUUGAUCCUCUUAAGCACUCAUAUCAGGAUGAAAUACGGACAGCGAAGACCUCUCCGCCUUUGCGCAGCCCGCAAGGUCUGUCUCUAUACGUGUCUCUCUUAAGAAGGGUGCUGAUGGCAAACGAGAAGCACCUUCAGUCGCACGAGUCUGACGAGCGGGCUCUAAUUGUUGGAACAGUCAUGGGAUCAGCGGGUCAUGCACACGCUAGUCCGACUGCUGAGCACGAAACUUUUGACCCAACAGAAUUGAACCAAACUCUGCGUACACUGAUACUCAUACAUGCAUCUAUGGAAGGAGCCUCCAAAGUGCUCCAGGACGCGAAGUAUCCUUAUGGUAUGAACAAUACCAAAAGUAUAUACCACUGACAAGCUAGAAUUGUAUUGCUCCUUAUUCGAGGCGCUUUGCGUGCAUGAAACUGCGCAGCGCGGCCCACCAUCAGCACGCUCAUCUGGAUCUCUCGAACCGGAAAUACCGUCAAGAGCAACAAACACUGUCCCUGGGCCAAUCGUCUCAGCAGACCCAGAUUUAACAGCCCAACAGCCGACAUCUCGCCCACGCGGAUUAUCACUUCGCCGUGCUAGUUCAUAUGUGCUGCUACGUCGCUCCUGGUCUUCAGGCAGCGUAGAUCAGGCGACCAGGCGCAUCAAAUAUGGCAUCAAGCUCACUGUUAUGCCUAUCUCUGUCACCAUCCCAACCACACUCAGUCUCACGUUGGACUGGUUGGUAACAAUGAUAGUAC